UCUCUCUCUCACCCAUAGUUAUGUAACCUCCCCUAUAUUAGUCUUAAGUCUAGCAUGCUGUGCUCAUAGUGUUGCAGUCUCCUAUUGGCUGUGAUUUUGACUUCUAAUCAUGUCUGUUCCGUUUUGUUUAGCUCUGCUGGCUCUCUCCUCCCUGACUGCAGCAUCUGAUCCAGUUUGUGAAGACCUGCUGAAACCUCUGGCGGAUCGCAGCGGGGUUGCUGGGAAAUGGAUAUUCCAUGCUGGAGUAUCAGACACUGGAGAUCUCAUGAGUAUACUUAAAACUGUCAACAGCUCCUGGAUCAAACUCACCCCCAUACCUGGUAGUGAGGCCAUGACUCUACGCUGGGGAGACAAAAUAAAUGGCAAAUGUGUGUAUGGAGGCGUCAAUUACACCUUCUCCGGAAACGACACCAAGGUGACAUUUAACUUUAACGACACUGAACACGUGCACAUUGGGAGGCACCUGGGGAGCUGCACUGACUGCAUCCUCUGGACCGACACCACAAUGAGGCCGGGCAAAGAGGAGGUCAUAGCUGGCAGGAGCCUGUACAUCUUCACAAAGACUGGGAGAUUGGAUGACCUUGAUCUGGAAGUUAUCAAGCAACAAGCUGCAUGCCUCAAAUUCCCCCCAGAAUUUUUCUUUGGAGAUAUCACAGAUGUCUUGAAAGAUUGUUCUCUCUGCCUCCUGCUGUCUCCAGAUAUGGCUGCACAGCUGGUCGUUGCUCUGCUGGCCUUCACCUCCCUGAGCGCUGCGUCUGACCCGAACUGUACGGAGCUGGUGAAGCCCCUCGUGCUGGACAGUCACAGCCCUAUCUAUGGGAGGUGGGUGCUCCAUGUGGGGACAUGGGACCAGCCCAGCCUGAAGAGCGACCUGGUGUCGGUGAACGGCUCCUGGGUGGAUCUGUCCGCUUCCUCCGACAGCGGAGUCAUGACCAUUUACUGGGCCGACCGCCUGGAAGAUAAAUGCCUUCAGGGUUUAGCCAAUGCCACCAUCUCUGGGAUGACCAGUCACACCACGUUUAAUAUCAACGGUCACACUUCAUAUCAUGAUGGGAAGUACUAUGAGACGUGCUCUGACUGCCUCCUGUCCGAAGACACCACCCUCCUCCCUGAUGGAAAGUCUAAGGGACGAUACUUUUUCCUCUUCACACGGACUGGCGCUCUGGAGCCAUCUGAGUUGGAGAUCUUUAAGAAGCAGGCAGAGUGUCUACAAUUCCUGCCGGAGUACUACUUUGGAGGAACAGAUCUGUGUCCAGAUGAACGAGAGCCUGCUCCACCGGCUGCUGAGAAUACAGAGAGUCAAACGGAUGAGGAGCCUACUGCACAAUAAAGCAGAGCACCGAAAAGUCAUAUCCCUGUGAACACCAAACAUAUCCAACUUAGUAUGUACUUAGUGGUGUUGUAAUUUGCCCUACACAUGCCCUGAUAUCUGGUUGUACUGUGGGGUAAUAUUUGAUUAGGUGGUCCGGUUGUUUUCAGCAGCAGCGAUGAGUAAAAGGCCUUUGGAGAGUAAUAUGUGGAUUUAUUAUCUCUGCC